AUGAGUUCCCCCCAAUCCUUCCUUGCGCUCAUCCUACUACAACAGCCUGACCUGCGCGUCCCGGACAACACGCAGCUCAUCCUCACUUCUGCGACUUGUCUUGCUGCAGCGGGUGUAUUUUUUGGGCUUACCGUCCUAAAUCAAAGAGUAGCCUUCCUCUUCCACCUUCCCCUCCCACUUGGAGACUUCAAGGGCACACCAUUCCUCACCAUAGCGGGAUGGAUUAACGAGUAUGGUCCUCUCAUCACUAUUCGAUCAAAUUUCGAGCGGAUCGUUAUUAUCGGCCGCUAUAAAGCCGCCGUGGAAAUCAUGGAGGGUCAGGGCAAAUUUGUAGCUGAUCGUCCUCGCAUGAUUGUUGCUGGAGAAAUAGUUAGCGGCGGAAUGAGCAUUGCCCUUGCACCCUUCGGGGACCGGUUCCGUCGCAUGCGUAGCGCACUUCAUUCUCAUCUCCAACCUAAAGCAGCUGAGGCAUAUCAGCCACUGCAGAUGUCACACGUGAAGAACAUAGUUCUUGGCGUUCUUGACAAUCCGCAAAACCUCCAGCAUCAUGUGAUAACUUAUGCUGCAACGACAAUCAUGAAAGCUGCAUAUGGGAAGAAUACGCCUACGUCUGCGACCGAUCCUGAAAUGGUUGCUAAAAUGCGCCCUGGUGCUUACCUGGUGGACUCGAUCCCGUGGCUCAGAUACCUUCCUUGGUAUGGCCGAGAAUUGAAACUGGGGUUUGAGAGGAGAAAGAUACUUCACACUAAUCAUAUGGAAUGGGUAAAAGAGCAAAUGCAGAGCGAUCAGGAUAUCGUUCCAUCGUUCAUGAAACAUAUGCUAGAAAAUAGCCAAUCCUAUGAUUUGACAGAGGCUGAGAUGGCCUUUCUUGGUGGUUCCUUUCUUGGAGCUGGUUCGAUUUCGAGGCGAAAGACUUCUGUGUCGAUAUGCACGGUGCUCAUGGCGGCCGCGUGCUUCCCUGACGAGCGGGCUGGGGUUCGGGCCAAGCUCGAUGCAGUCAUAGGAAGGCACCGAGCGCCGACCUUCAUUGACCAAGGGUCUCUUCCUCGCUUGCAAGCAUUCAUCUCCGAGGCUUUGAGAUGGAGACCUGUUCCUUCAGGUGGAUUUCCUCACCGAACAACCAAUCGCACCUAUGAUGAUUUGUCCCAUCAGGAAAACUAUUGUAUUCCAGCUGGGACUACGGUAUUCGGCGACCAUUGGUCUAUCUCUCGGGAUUCAGAUGUCUAUCCGGAGCCUCACGCGUCCAAGCCUCAACGCUGGAUUGAUGAGCAAGGUGGCCUGAGAGACGAUUUAAAUUUUUUUGUCUACGGUUUUGGUCGGCGUGCAUGUCCUGGUCAACAUGUCGCGGACAGAUCGGUGUUCAUAGCUACGCUCCUUGUUCUUUGGGCCUACAAGCUCACUCUGGAUCCUACGCAGCCAUGGGAGGUCCUGCCAUGCACAUUUGAGUUUAAGAAGAGAAUUCCAGAAAUGGAGCUUAGGAGCAUGUUGCAGCAUUAUCCUAAGGUCGUAUGA